AUGGAGGAUUUUACAAAGGGACCAAGAAGCCAAUACUCUCCAAGCUCGCCAAACAAUAGCUGCGGUUACACUUCGGGCUCUGAGAGCGAGGUUGGGGAUGACAGUGAGGGAGAAGCCGCCCAGCAACGAAGGAUGAGGACCAAGUUCACCUCCGAGCAAAUCGGCAAACUGGAGAAGGAGUUCAGCAAGCACAGAUACCUGGGUGCAAUGCAGAGGAGGAAGAUUGCCGAGAAGCUGAACCUCUCUGAAACUCAGGUGAAAACAUGGUUCCAAAACAGGAGGAUGAAGCUGAAACGGGAGGUCCAGGAGCUGCGUCCCGAGUACCUGUCUGUCCCUAUGAGCGCUCUGCUGCCGCCUCUGCUGUUUCAGCACCCCGUCCUGAGUGGACAGCUCCCCGCCGGCAGCGGCUUCUACCCACAGCUGCAGCCGCUCCACAGGUCGGCCCUGCCGGCUCCUUUGCACCACCAGCACCGCUCCAUGGCUGUCUCGAUGCCCCCACACUUCUACUAA